AUGGUCUUUGCACAUGUGACCGCAUUUUUCGUGGAUAAAUUUUUAGGAAAUUAUAUCGAAGAUAUCGAUUCUCAUCAAUUAAAAAUCAGCUUAUGGAGCGGAGACGUUACAUUGGAAAAUGUUCAUUUAAAAAGCAACGCUUUGAAUGAUUUAAAUCUUCCAUUUGAAAUUCACACGGGUUUUCUCGAAAAAUUACAAGUUCAUUUACCAUGGAAACAUCUGUACACUCAUCCGACGAAGAUUCAUAUCAAUGGAUUUUAUUUGGUUUUAAAACCGAAAACAGAUGUUCAUUAUGAUCCGGAACAAAGUGAACAACGAGAAUAUGAAAAUAAAAUGAAAGAAGUGGAAAAAGUCGAAGAAUUUCGUCGUCAAAGAGAAAAAUACGCAAAUAAUGACAAAGGUCUUCAUCAUAAAGAUACAUUUGUUGAACGAUUACAAUUUCAUAUUCUUCGAAAUCUUGAAAUUACCGUUGAAAAUAUUCACAUCACAUUUGAUGAUCAAACAACAAAAUCUUAUUCAUUUCAAUUUGGAUUAACUCUCAAUUAUUUGAAACUUUAUACAACGAAUGAACAAUGGGAAGAAAUGGAAUCGAAAGAAGAAUCGAAGAUUAUUUAUAAAUUUGGUGAAAUCAAUCAAUUGUCCAUCUAUUGGAAUUCAAAUGUUCAAUCGAGAUUAAAUUUAACAAAAGAACAAAUUAUCGAUGAUCUCAAAUCAACAAAUCAUUUGAAUUAUCCAAAAAUGAAUUACAUUCUUCAACCAUUGAAUUGUCAAUCGAAGUUCCAAAUACGAAAAAGUGCUCAAGAACAAGAUUUUCAACAACCAGUUCUCAAUACUUCGAUCAUUUUCGAUGAAAUUUAUCUAAACAUCAACAAAAAUCAAUAUUCCGAUCUUCUCGAUCUACUCGAAUACACCGAUUAUCUGAAUAUGAAAUCGAAAUUUCUCAAGUAUGAUCGUUUCAAUGAGGAAAAAGCAAGUCGAAGACGAUGGAAAUUCGCGUAUACAGUUCUUCUUCAUGAAUCCAUUCGACCACGUUUAGCGUCGUUCAAAUGGGAAAAUAUGAAAGAAAAUCUGAAACGUUACAAAGAAUAUCACGAAAUUUAUUUCAAAAAAUUAAUUCAUCACGCGAAUAAAUCCGAUCAACAACAAAUUAUCGAUUUGGAAAAACAAAUCGAUAUUUUCAAUUUAAUUUACAUUCGUCGAACUGCACAAAUCGAAUACAAAAAGAAAAAACUCGAAGAAAAAGAUUUGUCAUGGUGGGACAAACUGUCGAAUUGGUGGAGUUCAGAUUCAGAUAAUCCAGAAUUUCAAUUAAAUGAUACUUUAGUCAAUGAAGAAAGAAAUAAACUUUACGACGCCAUCGGAUACAAAGAUCAACAAGAAGAUCAAAUUGCUUAUCCAAACAACUAUAUCGAUAUAAUUGGUUCAUUGAAAUUAAAUUUAAUUCGAAUCAAUGUCUGGUCAUUUCUCAAUCAAAAUGAUUCAAAUUUGAAUUUAAUCACAACAUUAUCGAUUAAACAAAGUCAAGUGGAAUAUCAACGACGACCAGCCAAAGAUGAUUUUAUGAUUUUAUUCGAUUGUCAAUCAUUGAAAAUUGUUGGAAUAAACGAAUCAAUUCGUCCAAUUUUAAUUGAAAAAUUUCAUUCGAAUUCAACAAAUUUUUUACAUUUGGAAUUUGAAAGUCAUCCCGUUGAAACAAAUGUUGAUUAUCGAAUUUAUGGUUUAUCUCAAUCGUUAAUUGUCAAUUAUCAUUAUGAAACAAUGAAUCAAUUAUUUCGAUGUUUUCUUCCCGAUCGUCAUCACGAUUUACAAGGAAUCAAAGAAGCGGCAUAUUCGAUUUAUACCGAUAUUAAACAUCAAACACAAUUCCUUUUAAGUGAAAAUCUGAAGAAAAUUCAAGAUUUAGAUAUCAAUUUCGAUCUACAGUCGAUUUAUUUCAUCAUCUCUGAAUAUCAAUCGAAAUCACAAUUCAGUUCUUCUCCAACAUCACCGAUGAUUUGUUUGGAUUCGGGUCAUUUGACAUUCAAAGGUGGAAAAGUGAACAUUUUCGAUAUCGAAGAAGAUUAUUCAACUUUUGUUCCAAUUGAAAUUCAAUUGAAGAAAACUCAAUUUCUUUAUCUAAAUCAAGAUGAAUCGUGGAAAGAAUUGAUCACAAAAUCUGAUUCGAAAGCACAUUUAAUCAAACCGAUCACAAUUACAUUGGAUAUUCUCAAAUCAAUUCAAAUCGACAAUUUCGAUAUUCCAAUUUGGAAAAUGUCUGGUGAAAUCAACGCCAUCGAAUGUGAAUUAAGUGAAACGCGAUUGUUUGGUUUAUUAAAAUUAAUUCAAAUGAUUCCUUUUCCCGAUUCAUUUCAAAAUAAUCAACCAAAAGAAGAGAAAGAACGAAAAAAGAUCGAAAGUACAAAGAAAAAGUAUGAAACAGUGGAAGAUAUGACACCAGUGAAGAAGAUUUUACAUGAAGAACAACAAGAUUUAGAAAAACAAAUUGAAAUCAAUGAAAAUCAUUCGCAAAAACAACGAAAACAAUUACAAUUUCAUUUUCUUUUAUCCAAAAUCAAUGUGAAAAUUCGUCGUUGUCUCUUAGAAAUGUCCGAUUUAACUGAAGAUUUUCUUUGUUUAUCAUUGGAAACAAUUGAAGUUGAAGCGAUGAUGAAAACUUAUGAUAUUCAAUUGAAUUUCUCUUUGGAAGAUUUUCAAAUAAUUCAUUAUGAAUUUGAAACAAAAAUCAAUGAGAAAUUAAAUCUUUUUUCACGAAAAACCAAUUCGAAAUUAUUGAUAAUUCGAUGUUUAUUAACAUCAAAUUCGAAUCCAUUAUUUGCAAGUGAACCUUAUUUUUCAAUUGAAAAUCAAAUAUCCAUUGAAAUCAAUCCUUUACAAAUUUAUUUUCAUCUUCAAGCGUUUUCAUCAAUGAUUUCCUUUCAAAAUCAACUUCAACACAAAUUAUCACAAAUUCCCAAACGAAAACCAAUGAAUUCAUCAUCAACAACAACUUCAUCAUCAUCAAAUCAGAACAAAUCUUCAUUUGAAAUUCAUUUUCAUAUCAAACAGAUUUGUUUAUUAAUUGGAAGUGAAUCAAUUCAUUUGAUUUAUUUUGAGUUAAAAGAAUUUCAAGGAAAAUUUUCAAAAACAAAUGUGAAAAUGUUAUUGAAUUUAACUUUAAAUGAUCUUCGUCUCAUUGAUUUAUUUGAUAAAUCUCGUUAUCAAUUCAUUUUAUCGAAAGAAAAUCUCGAGAAAAAUCUUCUGGAAAUCGAUUUAUCAAUUUUCAAUUCUGCAAACAAAUCGAUCAAAUCUUUUACAAAACACCAAUCGUAUUUCAAAGGUUUUAUUCAGAAAUUAAAUUUCAUUUUUCUUUACAAAUAUCUUCAAUUGAUUCAAUCGUUAUCAAAUGUCUUUCAAAGUGAAGGAAAAGAAGAAACGAUAAAUGAAGAAUCGUCCGAUGAACCGAAUGAAAUAUUUCAAAUUCUCAACAAAUAUCAAAAACAUUCGAUUAAAUUCGAUGCGGAUUUUGUUUUUCAUGCGCCGAAUGUUCUCAUACCGAGAAAUUCUUAUUCCAAUCAAGGAAUUUGCAUUGAUCUCGGCAAAUUCUCCAUGAAAACCGAUUCGAAUGGCAAAUCGAAUGAACAAUAUCGAAUCUUAUUCGAGAAUUUCUCCAUUUCUCGAUUUUGUGUCAACGAUGAAAAUCUUUUCACAAAUCAAAUCGAAUUAUUUCAAUGUUCAACAUUCCAAACUUUGAUUCAACGAAAUUUCAAUGAAAAUAACGAAAUUGUCAUUAAAAUCCAAUGGGAUCAUUUACAAUUUCAUUUCGAUAAAAACGAUUUUGGAACAAUUCAAUGUAUUCUCAAUGAAAAUUUCAAAGAGAAAAUCUUUUUUCAAUUUCCAACUCUCGAAUCGUAUUCGGAGAAUGAAGAUCAACUUCCUAUUGUCGUCGAAACUCCGAAAAGACAAAUAAAAGAGAAAGAAACUUCUCCGAAAUUGAAAUUAAUAUUCGAAAUGAAAGAAAUUGGUUUAAUUUUAUAUUCAACGGAGACAAAUAUCGAAAAUUCGACUCGAGAUGAAAAUUCGAAAUUUCUCUCAUUUUCAAUGAAAUUUAUCGAAAUGAACAUCGAAUAUUUCUCAAAUUCCAAUCUCAAUGGACUUUGUCAAAUUCAACAAAUGACUUUAGAUGAUUUUCAAAACAAAUCAAUUUCACGUCUCAUUGACAAAUCUUUGAAUUCCAAUGAAAAACAAUCUUUAUUGAACAUCGAAAUUCAAUUCAAUCAAACAAAUCAUCUCAUUAAAAGUCAAAUGGAAAGUUUUUACAUCUGCAUAACACCUGAUUUAUUGAAUUCAAUCAAAGAUUUUCUCAAUUAUAAUUUACCAUUGAAACAAAAUCCUCGAAGAACACAAAAUCCAAUUGUAUUAGAUGUUCCUCUACCCGCAAAACAUUGUCCAGGUCGUUUAACUAUCAAAUCAGCAGAAAAACAAAAGAAAAAGUCGAUCAUCACCUCUCAAGUUUCGAAAACAAGUUCCUCGAUUGAAAUGAUUAUUGAAUUUGAAUUAAAACCAAGUGAAAUUAUUUUACUUGAAGAUCAAAAUAAAUCUGAUAGUGAUUGUUUGGUUUUGAAAUUGGAUUUAUCAAUGAGAAUGAUCAAUGUUAAUGAUCAAACGAAACUUGCAGCACAAAUCAAAGAUUUAUCAUUUUUUGGAACAAAUUUUCAAGAUUUAAAACAAUCGAAAAUUCGUUAUACAGUUUUAUCUCAAACACAAAUCAAUUUGAUUAUGUUAAUGAGAACAAAUGAACAAAAAAUCGAUUUGAAUUUAAGUGAUUUAUCCAUUAGUAUUGAUCCAACAUUGAUCAAAACAUUUGUGACAUUGGCAAAUUCGAUUCAAACAAUCGAUAAAAAACCCAAAGAAGACAAAGAGAAAAUCAAUUCCAAGACGAUUUUCAUUCCAAAACCAUUUAAAGAUUCAUCAUUUUGGUUUAUUCAAGAUUCUGAAGAGAAAGAAGAAAUUCUCGAUGAAACAGAUCUUUUACAAGUGACAACAGGAACAACAUCAGAGAAAACAAAACAAAUUCAAGAAAAAGAGAAACAAAAACAAAUAGAAAAAAAUGAAAAUUUAUCCCAAGAAUUAAUUAUCAAUUUGAAUAUAAUCGAAGUAAAACUUGAAUUAGGAAAAGGUUCAUCAACACGACCAGUCGUCGCUCUUUGUUUAUCAAAUAUUUUCGCACAAAUUCACAAUUGGUCAACUGAUUUACUCGUUUCCGCGUCUGUUCAAUGGGAAUUGGCUUUGUUCAAUGAUCAUAUUUUAGCAUGGGAACCUUUAAUUGAACCGAUUAUCGAUGAUAAAGGAAUUAUUCAAUCACCAUGGACAAUCUCUUGUGAAACACAUCAAGAUUUGAAAGAUGAAAAUGAAGUCGAAAAUCGAUAUUUACUUGAAGAUGAAAAAGAUUCGAAUGUAAAAGAAAAUCGAAAUGAAAGUGAAAUGAAAAAAUUGAUUUCAAUUCGAGCUGAAUAUUUAUUAAAUGUCACAUUAACAAAAACAACUCUCGAUCUUUUCCAACGAAUUUCGACAAUGUUCAAUGAACUUUAUGAAAAGAAUCUUCCUUCCGAUAUCGAUGAACAACAAACAAUGUUAAUUAUUCAAAAUCAAACUGGUUUUGAUAUCACAAUUUAUGAUAUUCGAGGAAUUCAAUUUCAAAAAGACAAAGAACCGGUUGAUAAAUUAAUUCAUUUAAAACAAAAUCAAUCAAUUGAAUUAACUGUUCCUGAAGAACGUUUAUCUGCAACACAUUUACCUGCGAUUGCUGAACAAGUUUCGAAACGAAAACAAGAAUUUCAAGUAAAAUUCGGUGAAAUUGAUGUUUUAGUUGAUAUUAAUCAAACAUGGAGAAGAGUUUAUGAUUAUUCCGAAUCACUUGUUCCUUCAUGGCCAAUUCAAUUACUUUGUGAUUCACAAAUUUAUGAAGAAAGACGAAGAAUUGUUCUCAGUUCAAUUAUUAAAAUCUCAAAUCGAACACAAAUGCCUUUAAUUCUAUUAGACGCAGAUUCGAUUGAGAAAAAUCAAUUGAAUUCAAUUACGAAAAUCGAUGUUAAUCAAGAAUAUUAUCUUCCCAUUCAAAUUCUUUAUCAAAGAGUCACACCGAGACUUUAUUUUACCAUUGAUCAAGGAGAUUCAGCAAAUGGAUUCAAUGAUUUUAUUUCAUUUGAUUGGGCAAAUGAAUCUUCAAGUGAUCGAAUUGUAAAAUUAAAAGAUGGAAGACAAGCUCAUUAUGUUGUUUAUAAAGAAGAAAUCGAAGCUUAUUCAGAAAAUACCGAUGAACCAAAUCGAAAAACAUUUCAUAUUUAUGUUAAAUUAGCUCUUCAUUUAUUAAAUCUUUUACCAAUUCCAAUUGUUUGUUCAAUCGAUAAUGUUGAACAAUGUGAAUUAAAACCAAGUGAAUUAUAUCAUAGUAUUCAAGGACAUAAGAAAUCCAAUUUAAUCUUUAAAAUUCCUUCGUAUAAUCAAUCUUCAUGGAUUUCUGAAGCAAUUAAUUUAAAUGAGAAAGGACAUGGAAUUCAUAAUGAAUUUAUCGUUAAAUUUACAAAUUUAUCAACUGGUGAUGAUUUGAGAAUGAUUUUACGUGUUGAUACAUAUCGUCAAUCAUAUCGUGCAUCAUUUUAUUCACCUUAUUGGAUUAUCAAUGGAACUGAUUUAAAAUUUCAAUUUAAAAUUGAUAAUGAAAAAAGUUUCGUCGAUGUUGUUGAUCAACCUUAUUUCAUUUGUCCAAAGAAAUAUCAUAGUGAAUCAAAUAAAAAGAAAGGACAUAUUCGUUUAUUUAGUAUUGAAGAUGAUGAAAGUAUUUCUCAAUGGUCCGAAGCAUUUUCACUUGAUGUUAUUAAAAGUACAGGAAUGGCGACAUGUUCAGUGAAAAAUGAUCGAGAUUAUCUCAUUUGUAUUGAUAUUGUUACUUCAUCAUUUGGUAUGACGAAAAUUAUCACAUUAAUUCCAUCAACUGCGAUUGUGAAUAAUUCUUCAUCACAAAUUCAAAUAGCCGAAUAUUCAAAAGAAAAUCUUCAAUGGAAAUCAAUUGAAUCGAAGGAAAUGAUUUCCUAUUGGCCACGUUUUAUCGAAGAAGGUUUAAUGUUCGUUCGUUAUGAAUCAAAUGAACGAGGAAGUUUAGUUUCAAUCAAAGAUAAACAUCGAACUUUAUUACAUAUGAAUGAUGAAGAACGACCUGCACUUCAUGUUGAAGUUGUUUCAACGGAUUUCGAUGGAUUUCGAAUUAUUUUUGGUGAUUAUCAAAAUGGAGAUGCAGCUGUUCUCAUUGUCAAUACACUUUUAAAUCAACCGAUUUCAUUUCAACAAAAAGAUCAUCUACAAACUCAAGUUUUACCAGCACAAUAUUAUGUUUAUUAUACGUGGAAUGAUCCAUUUAAACCAAAACAAUUGGAUAUUUCCAUUGGACAAUUCACAGCAACACUUGAACUCAAUCCAAUGUGUGGAAGUCUUGGAAAAGAAGAAAAUGAAAAGAUCUAUUAUGCAACAUUUCAUGAUGGUCCACAAACAGUUUUGAUCUUCUCAAUUGAUCAAUCAGUUAUUGAAUCUGUAUCCGAUAUGCCUUCGUUAAGUGAAAAAAUGAAAGAUUAUAUUGAAAUCAGUUUUCAUUCGAUUGGUUUAUCAAUUAUUGAUGAUAUAAAUCGAACGGAUUUAUUUUAUGUAACAAUCAAUCCAACAAAAGAAAUUUGGACAGAAAAACGAAAGAUUUCUUCUCAACCACUUUCAAUUAAAUUAAAUGAACAUUUAGAUCAACAUUAUAAAACAUUUUCCAAAUCAAAUCAACAAACUGAAAAUCAAUUCGAAAUUGAGAAAAAUCGAUACGUGACAUUCAAUGAUGAUGAAUCAGCUGAAAUCACCGAUGAUGAAGGACAUCGUGUUAUUGUUCAUCGUGAAUGUCUUCCUGGAGUUUGGUUUGGUUAUUCAUGGUCAUUUAGUAACAUGGCCAUUCAUCUGAAAGUCAAUCAUAUUCAAAUUGAUAAUCAAUUACAAAUUGCGAUGUUUCCAACAAUUCUUUAUCCAAUUGUUUCUAAAGCAGCUGGAAAUGAUAUUCCUGGAAAACCUUUUGUUGAAUUGAGUGUAUUGAAAAGUGAAUCAACACGAUCAAAUACAAUUCAUAUCAAAUAUUUUAAAUUAUUAAUUCAAGAAUUUGCUAUUGCUGCUGAUCAGGGUUUAAUUAUGGCAUUGAUUCAAUUUGUUAAACCAGAAAAGAAUGAAGCAGCACCAACAGUAAAUAUGGAAAGUGAUUUGAAACGAAUUGAAAGACCAUUAGCAAUUUUAUCAAAUGAAGGAACAGAUAAUACUUCACAAGAAACGAAGAUUUAUUUUAAUGAUCUUCAUUUAUCACCAUUAAAAAUUCAUGUGAGUUUCUCGAUGAGAGGAUCAAAAGCAGAUCAAUUAUUAUUAGCAGAAUAUCCAUUGGCGGAUUUUCUUUUACAACUUUUCAAUUUAGCUGAAGUUCAAGAUGUGAUUUUGAAAUUGAAUUAUUAUGAAAAGAAGGAUGAUCGAUAUUCAGUAACAAAAUUAACCAAAGAAAUCACAUCACAUUAUCAAAAUCAAUUUUUAAAACAACUUCAUGUUGUUGUUCUCGGUUUAGAUGUUCUCGGAAAUCCUUUUGGAUUAAUUCGAGGAGUUGCUGGUGGUGUCGAAUCAUUCUUCUACGAACCUUACAAAGGAGCAAUGGAAGGACCAGUCGAAUUUCUUGAAGGAAUUGCCACGGGAACAAAAUAUUUUGUUGGUUCGGUUAUCGGUGGUGCAGCUGGAGCGUUAUCGAAAGUGACUGAAGCGACAAGUAAAGGUUUAGCAACAGCUACUUUAGAUAAAGAUUAUCAAAAUGCAAGAAUUCAAAGAAAAGAAAUUCAAGCUGAAGUACAACCAGAAAUUGUUUCAAGUGGAAAAAAUGCACUUAAAGAUGUAAUUAAAGGUGUGAAAGGUGUAGUAAAAAAACCAAUAAAAGGUGCAAAACAAGGUGGAGCACAGGGAUUUAUGAAAGGUUUAGGAAAAGGUUUUCUUGGUCUUGUUGGAAGACCGGCAAGUGGAGUAGCAGAUUUAACAAGUACUUCAUUUAAACUUAUUAAAAAAGUUGCAACACAUGAAAUUAUUAUUCAUCGUAUUCGACAUCCAAGACAUAUUGGAAGAGAUGGAAUUGUUCGACCUUCAAUUGCACAUGAAACACUUGGAAAAUUCAUUUAUGAUAAAUUUGAUGAAUCUCUUCAUGGAGAAAAUGAAGGUUAUAUUGCACAUAUUGAAUCAUCAAUUACUCCACCUUCUUUAUUAUUUGCAACGACAAAACAAGUGAUUUUCUUAGUUGAAGAUCCUUCAUCAGAAGGAAUUUUUAAAGUUGAAUGGACUCUCAAUUAUAAAGAUAUUAAAGGAGAUCCAACUGUGAAAUUUAAUCCAAAUUAUAUUGAAUUUAUUAUCAAAGAAACAAAUGCAAUUGGAAUAACAAAGAAAGAUAUAAUACAUGCUCGAGUCAUUCCUUAUCAAACCGUUGCUGAAGCACGAUUUAUUGUUGAUAAAAUUAUUGAAACUACGAAAGCUUUAGAAGUUUAA